UCUCUCUAAUUUUUUUUCUUUUUUUUUUUUAAAAAAAAAUUCAACAAAAAAAAAAUCUCACAAUUUCUCAGAAGCAAUCAGUGAAGCAUUUCACUGGCAUCAAUGGCGACCGCUGGAGCUGCCGGCGUUCAGCUCACCUCCUACUCGUCCUUCCUCGCCGCCGGCCUUAACAAACUACAACGCAAGCGAACCUUGUCUCCCAGCAAUGGCCGGAAGCCUGCGGCGACCACAAUCAAAGCUUUGGCAUGGGGGACCUCCGGUCUUGACGACCUCUUUCUCGGCGUUGGAGUUGGCCUCCCUUGCACGGUGAUGGAGUGCGGGGACAUCAUCUAUAGGAGCACCCUUCCCCGCUCCAGUGGCCUCACUGUCACUGCCCCCGGCGUUGCCCUUGCUCUCGCCGCCGUCUCCUACCUCUGGGCUACUCCUGGGGUUGCCCCUGGCUUCUGGGAUAUGUUUGUUCUUGCCUUUUUUGAACGCUUGUUCCGUCCUACUUACCGCAAGGAUGACUUUGUUCUUGGGAAGAAGCUUGGAGAGGGUGCUUUUGGUGUUGUUUAUAAGGCCACAUUUGCCAAAAACAAGGCUUCUCCCAAGCAAGGUGACCUAGUCGUGAAAAAGGCUACGGAAUAUGGUGCUGUUGAGAUAUGGAUGAAUGAGCGUGUGCGUAGAGCCUGUGCUAGUAGCUGUGCAGAUUUUGUAUAUGGAUUUCUUGAGAGUUCUGCCAAAGGAAAAGGUAGUGAUGAAUAUUGGCUUGUAUGGCGUUUUGAAGGGGAGGAAACCCUUGCAGAGCUUAUCCAGAGUAAAGAGUUCCCGUAUAAUGUUGAGACAAAGAUUCUUGGAGAGGUUCAAGACUUGCCAAAAGGGUUGGAAAGAGAAAACAAAAUUAUUCAAACGAUCAUGAGGCAAGUUUUGUUUGCAUUGGAUGGAUUGCAUUCAACUGGGAUAGUUCAUAGAGACAUGAAACCCCAAAAUGUUAUCUUCUCAGAAGGAUCUCGCACUUUCAAAAUCAUUGACCUUGGAGCUGCUACUGAUUUGCGAGUUGGCAUUAAUUAUAUUCCUAAAGAGUUCCUACUGGAUCCUAGAUAUUCUGCUCCUGAGCAGUAUAUAAUGAGCACACAAACCCCCUCGGCCCCCUCUGCUCCUGUGGCAACUGCAUUAUCCCCGGUCCUAUGGCAGAUGAAUUUACCUGAUAGAUUUGACAUGUACAGUGUGGGGCUCAUUUUUCUACAAAUGGCAUUUCCUCCAUUGAGAUCCGACAAUGGCCUCAUCCAGUUUAAUCGGCAGCUGAAGAGAUGUGGAUAUGACAUGGCUGCUUGGAGGAACACAGUAGAACCUCGUGCUAGCCCAGAACUCAGGAAAGGCUUUGAAUUGUUAGAUUUAGAUGGAGGAAUUGGAUGGGAGCUUCUCACUUCCAUUGUCCGGUACAAAGCAGGCCAAAGAACAAGUGCCAAAGCGGCAUUAGCACACCCAUAUUUCAAAGGGGAGGGCCUCAUGGGUCUAUCCUUCAUGCAAAAUCUAAGGUUGCAAUUGUUUCGUGCAACACAAAAGGACUAUAGUGAAGCUGUCAAAUGGAUUAUCAGGCUUAUGGCCAGAUCCGGUACUCCAACUGAUGGUGGAUUCACAGAAGCCCAACUUCAAGAGCUGAAGGAAAUGGAGCCAAAAAAGAGUAGUGCUCGGCGGAAUGUUCUUGCUUCUGUUCUUCGUCUCCAGAGGAAGGUACUCAGGACCCUAAAUGAGAGUAUGGACGAGCUGAACAGGCAGCGGAAGAGCCUAUGGUGGAGCAGAUGGAUUCCGAGGGAAGAGUGAUGUAACACCCAAGACCGAUAUCUGUAAAUAUGUGCUGUAUGGCAUCUACUAUUCUGGUGGGAAAGAUUCAUCAUGUAAUUUAGAAGAUGAAGGCACAAGCAAAACGAUCGGUGUCGUCCUACACUGUAUUUCAUAUUGUGUAUAAUGAGUUUGAAAAUUAAGGCUUAAAUGUGCAGUGUAAAUUAGUUUUCACAAACAACAAUUGUUUUGAUCUGAAUUGCUUUUUGGCAUUGACUUUGUAUGUAUUUAUUAAAUUCUGGCCAGUUGCUGUCUCA